UGUAAGAAGCUGUUUGUAAACAAAAAUUAACAUUCGAUAAACCAACAUUUAUUUCUGCUGAUUUUGAAUUGAAAAAGAACAAAAAUUAACUAUGUGAUUAAAAGCAGCACAGAAAAAUGUUGCUGCCCAAGUUCGAGACAUAUUUUUACCUCGGCAUUUAUCUGCUGUUUCUUGCCCACGGACUAUUUAAGCUCUAUAACAAAAAGGACCAAGUCUUAUCAAUUGCCAAUGUAGAAUUCCAACAAGGAUGGACAUGGAUUGACCGGCCGCAGGAUAACACCAACGAAGAAUUUGAAUACUUUAAGGACUUUCUGUGGAAAAAUGCACAUUGGUAUUUAAUUCAUCUGUUGGUUUGUGAAAGCUUUCGAUAUCUGAAACAAAGCAGACGGAGUAUUGCUCACGCUUGUGUGGGAAUCGCCUUUUUAGUUGCCACUUUUAAAAUUCAUUCAUUUCUAGUGAUAGUUAUUGAGCUCUUGUCCUUCUAUGCGGCUUCAAAUGUUAGAUCGAAGUCUUUUACAUGGGUUUUGGCAAUAAGCUGGAUGUGCGGGAUAAAUUUCAUCAAAAACAGCAACGAACUCUACGAGUUUCUUGGCUAUCGAGAAUAUUACGAAUUAAUAAUAUCCCUGGCUUGGUGUGUUCUCAAGUGUCUCAGUUUUACACUUGGCAAGAUCAAAGAUGAGCACAACAAAAUCUACAAUUUGAGUAACUUUAUUGGCUACACAGUGUACUUUCCGGCGUUUGUCCAUGGACCUUUCAUGAUCUUCGAUCGUUAUAUUGCUUUUGCAGAACAUCCCUCCCAAGGAAGCCGCUACAUGCUCCUCUUGAAGAGACUGAUCAGAGUUUUCUUUUGGCUGUUUGCUCUCGACUUUAGUUUACACUUUAUUUACAUUCAUUACAUGGAGAAAGACAUAGAUGCGGUGAAGCUGUUGGGUGAUUCAUAUGGACUUUAUGCGUUUGGUUAUUUUAUGGGUCAGUUUUUUCACGUAUUUUAUGUCAUCACUUACGGCCUUGGCAUUGCAUUUGCCUCCUUCGAUGGUCUUAAUCCACCUAAUCAACCAAAAUGUAUUGGUUACAUAAACUUCUACUCGGAUAUGUGGAAGUAUUUCGACCAAGGACUUUAUGAGUUCCUAUUUAAACACAUUUACGCUGAACUCUGCACAAAAAAUUCAACGUCUUUGAGGAAGGUCUUUUCGGCGUUGGGUACCUUUUUCUUUGUCUACAUUUGGCAUGGUUAUUAUUUGAAUAUUUUGAUUUGGAGUAUUUUGAAUGUGGCAUGUUUGAUAUUGGAGAAACUUUUAAAGUAUACCAUUGAUUCUAGUUGGUAUAAGGAAAACGUGAUAAAGAGGCUUAGUCUGCAAAACCAGCAGCGACUUUAUGCUAUUUUGGGAACACAGAUAUUUAUUCCGUCGGCGUUUUCUAAUUUUUAUUUCUUUAGUGGACUGGAAAUUGUCCUCUGAAUAUUUUAUUAGUAAAAGAAAAUCAAGAGCUACGGAAAUUUAAUGCUUUAAGCUAAAUGGGUCUAUGCCAAAUUCUUGUCAAUUUAUAUUUUUGAGAUUACGUAUUUAGUUGUAGUAUAAGCGUUUUGUACAAACUAUACAUUUAUAUUUUUGUAUUUUUCAAAUGGACUAAAAUAAAAAAUAUUCAAAAGCAA